AUGCUCCCGCGCACGAACAUCCGGCACCUUCAACGCGUAGACCGCAGCGACAACCGCUCCUUGCAGCGGAUUUGGGGGGUCGAUGACAGAGGCUCAGAGACCAGCCCCGUAACAAAGAUUGAAAACUUCAUGGGAGAAGCUAUUGAUUGGGCUGCAUCCGAGCCUCCCAAUCGGUAUGUCCUCGCCUUCGGUACGAAUCACUGUCUGGUAGAACAGGAUUACGAUCAUGAUGUCUAUGAAGAAUGCAGCUAUGUUGGAAGCAGAACCUUGAUAAAGUGCAAAGCUGUUCGCAAAAAGUCAGAUCUGAGAGAGAACGGAGGAAUAUGUGAAUUGCACAAACCAUUCCAUGAUUCCAUCAGAAAUCGGCUUAGUUGCGAAGAUCGUCGUCUGAUGCAGGAUCCAAUACAAGGCAAACCCAAAUACAACCCAAUACUGAACCAGGAUGGAAUCAUCAGUGAUGAAUAUCCUUGGCUAAUUCCGAGUCAUAAGUGGGAGUCACCUCUAAUUCGCUCCGUUUUCGACGACGCUCCUGACGAUGAUGCAGUUGCUCCUUUGAGGAAUGCUGGUGUGUUUACCGACAAAGAUGUUUUGCGAAUGCGAAAACUUCUACUGGAAAGACGUAUGGCAUUGCUAAAACUCCAUGCAGAAAUGAUGACAGAGAGAACAUGGAGACAAGCGAAUGAUCUUCUCAGCAAAAACGGAAAAAUUGUCAACCUUGGCGAAUCUCAGGCAGCUGUUAAUGCUGCUUGUUCAUCUAUUGACGAUUAUGGAGUCAUCUCCAAAAGAAUCAAGUCUACCAAGAAAUACGCGAAUGGUGAACUGUUUCGAACAGCACCCAAAGUAUGCAGUUUUGGUAAACAAGCGAAGAACAGCAAUACGAGUGACACCGAUGUGGGGGAAAUCAUGGAUACGAUGCUGGAUUGUGUAGCGAACGAGAAGAUAGAUUUCGCGGAUUAUACAGAAAUGAAAACGUCAAAAGAUGUGCAAAAAAGUGCGCAGGAUGAGAAUGUACAACCAUGCUCAGCGCUUGCAUUGCCGCUUUCUAAAUACUGCAUCUCGCAUCAAAUGCUUGACGAACAUCAGUUCCUUUUCGUGCCUUGCAGUGUGUGCCACUCCAUGUGUACCGAUAUCCACACGCCACCGUUAUGUGCAAAACACUUAAAAGACCUGAGUCGAGGAAACCGAUUUGCUCUAAAAGAUCCGAGAUUGGUCAACUCACCAGCAGUGAGCGUUGCAUCUGGUGUACCUCUUUCUCCUGCAUCCAAACUCAAAACAUUCAAUGACCCUACAAAGCCCUUAUUUGGACUACCGCCCAGCUCUAACCCGACUUCGUUUCUGUUGGGAACAGCACCGGAUAGACGGCUUACGAAGCGUCUCUCUGUUGAUGUGCACAGUAAGGAAGAAGCAGAGUUGCUUGCCAAAAGGUUCAAGGCAGAAGUACCAGCUGAGCUGACUGUUGCAGAAGCUCUCAAGCAAGGUCAGUCACCAGCAGUCAUUGACGCGAUAAAGCGUGCUGAACUACGGCGUACCAGGGAGGAUGAGGCUUACACAUGUGCUAGAGCGCGGCCGUUCGAGCGUGCUCAAUUUCCACCCAAACAGAGCCUACCGCGUCGUGUCACCAAUCCCGCUACACGUACUCCUGUUGCGGUUCGUCGUCCUGCAGUCAUUGAAGGAGCACCGCUUCAGCAGCCGUCUUCCUCCUUGACAGCGAAUGCUGGUGGACAGAUGUCAGUACGUCCUCCACCAAGUGGUGAAUAUCACAAAAUGCUGCAAAUCCCUCAGCGAAGGUCACAACCACCACAUCGGUUCGUAUCUAAAGAUGUUAGACCAAUGCAGUACACCGUGGUUCAAACGAACGAUCCGAACUGGCCUGCUAAUUCAUCGCCCAUUACGUACACCACUGCUAUAGAUGAAGCUGGAAAUGAAGUGUUGAUUGAGGAUCGUCAUACUCCACCGCCACCAGGUGAAAGAACUUUUGCGAACUUUUCUUCUGCUCGGCAACCGAUAUCAUCUUAUCGAAGGCAAUUGGCUGUUCCUGGACAUCGUCCACAAGUUGCUGUUCUCCGAGGUCGUGAUGGGGACAGUCAGAGGCAUCAUUCUGUGUUGCCUCCUCCUCCCGAUCCUCCUAUAAUCCCGCUUUCGCGAGUUCCGGAUCGCGCUACGUUUGGUGUCGUUAGGAGUGCCGGUAGCCCUGUCCCCAAUACAAAUCAAGGAGAAAUUCUGACACUCGGCGGAAGAACUGGUCCAGUCAUCAUACCGACUACGUCAGUUCGUGAUGCAUAUCCACCUAGAAAUUCUCAGAUGGAAACGGAACCAAGUCCGACUGUCUCAGAACAGCGCACACCCAAUCCUCCACUUCAUCCACGUUUCCCUACUAUUCUUCGCAAAACGGACACCUCAACACCAUCGCCUAUUCCAGUUCUACCACCUCCACCGCCUGCUCCAAUCAUCGCCAAGCUAGCACCACCGCCAAGGCCUCCACCCGCAACGCGUCCCUUACCUCCACACCGCUUGAUUACAGCUCCACGCCCAGUGCCACCUCAUCGACUCAUAAAGACGUUACCACUUCCCACGGUGCCACCACCGAGAGUCCAAAAGGUAAAUCCAGAAUCGAGUAGCUCAAGUAAUACACCAGAGCCGCCCAAAGAGCAAGAGCAUAUUAUGGAAGCUGCUUCGUCAUCCUCAGCUACAUCAUCCUCGGAGAAAUCAGCUUCGUCGUCAGAAAAAAUAUCUUCGUCCAUAUCUUCGACAUCUUCAACCGAAAAGCAGGCUGUGCAGGAAAAGGUUUUCGUAGAGAAGGAUAUGGAUCCACUUAGCAUAUUGGCAGCAGUGUCAGAAGCAGCAAGAGAUGGUGCCGUUCAGGGUAGCGCUGCAAAGUCGUCUACUCCGCCCAGUCAAGCACCAGUUGAGCAGGGCAAGGGUAGUAAGGGUAACGAUGAAGAAGACGAUGAUUAUGAAGAGGAGUUGUAGAAGUCUCUUUUUUUUUCAUGUUAUGUACAUCUCCAAGAGUAAUCAAAUAAAAUAUACUUAUGAAUAUGUGAGAAAGGUUAUUU